AAUAGAGCCCUCCCUUCCCCUCGUUCUCUCUCUCUCACCCUCUCUCUCUCUCUCUCUAGGUCUCUCUCCCUCUCUCCAUCCCCACCGAGGCUCUCCGGACUACUUUGCGCAUGCACGGCCAGUCAAACCGAGCAUUGCAUCGACUCCAAGAUGGCGAAAACACGUCUGGCUUGCCUCCUGACUCUCCUCUCAACUCACUGCUACUUCAGUGUGCUGGCAGUGGUGCUGAGAACAAGUAAUGACUCACCGUGGACAGAUGAGUUUGACAAAAUUGAGCUAUCAUGUUUGAUUGAGUCCAUUUCUACAACUAAUCCCAGGAUUGAAUGGAAGAAGAUAACAAAUGAGGGGCCAAGUUAUGUGUACUUUGACAAGAAAAUCUCAGGUGACCUGGAGAACAGAGCAGUGAUCAGAGAACCGGCCACAUUACUGAUAACCAAUGCCACAAGAUCGGACACAGCCAAGUAUCGGUGUGAGGUCACCGCUGCUGAUGACCAGAAGUCAUUUGAUGAGAUUGUGAUUGACCUUGUUGUAAGAGUAAAGCCAGUGGUGCCAAAAUGCAGUGUUCCAAAAUCGGUGCCUUUUGGGAAGUCAGCUGAGCUGAGCUGUGUGGAGGAGGAGGGCUUCCCCAAGUCCCAGUACCAGUGGUUCAAGAACAGGGAGGAGAUUCCAGACGACCCCAAGACCAGCCUCAAGUUCUUCAACUCCUCGUACGCGCUCAACGCAGAAACAGGAACUCUGAAGUUCAUUGCAGUCAGAAAAGAAGACGCAGGCGAGUACUUUUGCCGAGCGAAGAACGAUGCAGGAUAUGCCGAGUGUGCAGCCCAGAAGAUGGAAGUCUAUGAUAUUGACCUUCUGGGGAUUAUACUGGGAGUGCUAGUAGUGGUCAUAGUGCUCUUAUGUAUAACGGUGGGGAUCUGCUGCGCAUACAAGCAAGGCUACUUCUCAAGCCAGAAACAGACGGGGAACAAUUACAAAGUUCCAGCUAAAGGGGAUGGAGUGGACUAUGUGCGGACAGAGGAUGAGGGAGACUUCCGACACAAAUCAUCGUUUGUGAUCUAAGACGGGAGAAGGUGUCGGGAGCGUCGUGCUGAGGAGAGACGUGAGGCGUGGGCGUGUCCUCCACACUGUCCAACCUCGGAGCUGCCACAGGCCACGCUCAGGCUCUCAGCACGACCGAAAUCCAACUACUCAAGUUUGCCAAAGGUGACAGGAUUUCACAGGACGACAACAUGUCAAAACAGUACAUGCAUAGGGACUGAGAGUAAUUUAACUUUAUCACCCUCAACCGAGUUCUUUUGCUAAAUUAUGGAGUUGUUUCUUUACAGUUAUUGCAUGGUUUCAAACACUAAUCAAGGUGGAGAAAAGGAAGCCUUUCUUUGUUCUGCCAGGUAGAAAAGGAGGAGCCUCUCUCCUCUCCAGUCUGUCGUGACACUUUUCUACUGCAAACAUUUCGCUUCAAACCUUUUUGUCAUUUGUAUAACAUUUCUUUUCUACUGUUGACAGACUAUUUUUGAUGGAAUAUAUUUUAAAAUGCCUAUAGAUAAAGGUUUACUUUUUUAAAUAUUUGUAAAAUACUAACAUGUGUUCUUUUUUUUUUCCUUUGUUUUUAUUUGGUUGUGGAUAAAAUUAUGUAACACUUUAACCACUUUGCAUCAAGCUGUAAGCAUUUACACCUUUGCAAUCAGGAGAAAGAAACGAAAGCCGACUUGUAUUAGCAUAUCAAGACGUGCUUCUUGAUGGGCGGUCUUACAUAUUGAGUUCCUGCGCUGGCGUCGCCCAGUUUCUGUUGCGAGAGACUUCCAUGUUGAUGUUUGUAGAUAGUCUUAGUAAGAGGCUUUUAAGAGUGCCAGUCAAAUGCUGUGAAACACUGUACACAAUCAGUGCUGCGUUUUCUUGAUUUUAAGUGUCCUUCUAUGCUUGCUGUUAAUCUUGUAUAUAUUGAAGUUACUGUCAGGAUGACUGUCAGGGUUUCCUGUCAUACCUAUGUUCAGUAUCACACUAGAAUAAAAAUAGCGAGAAUAAUACAGGGUUUGUAAGUUAACCUUCCAGACCCAAAGGAAACUAGAGGAAGGCGAUUGUGAAAAGCUGAAACGAGGCACGGUACGGAGUAAAAGCCUACAUUUAGAUUUGAAGCAGAAAUAUAACCUGACAUACGGAGCAGAAUCAGGACCUAGGUAUUUUAACGAUCGACUCGCCUGUUUUAACCCUCGUGUCGUCCUGCGGGUCAAUAUUGAGCCGGUUUAAAGUUUGAAAAUGUGGGAAAAAAUGAAUGAAUUUACAGUGAAGCUUCUGAUGUCCACAUUUUCAGCAUUUUUGGGAAAUCUUUGAACAUUUUUCGGUGGAAGAAAGAAAUGUGAAAAAUGUUUCUUAAGAACUUUCACAAAAAAUCAACCAAAAUCCAGCGAAAUUCGCUGGAUUUUGGUUGAUUUUUUUGUGAAUGUUCUUAAGGAAAAUAUCAGAAGUUUGUACUGAUAUAUGUGUAAUCAUUUUUGAUAUUUUUUGAAUUUUUUGAGGGAAGAUACUUAUUCAUUUUUUCAAAGUAUUUACUAGAAUUUUCUUGCCAAAUUUGCGGCCUUUUUUAAAAAAUAUAACUUUUAAGGGAAACUUUUAAGGAAUUAUUGGACUUUUCUUCCUGAGGAUUUUGCAAAUUCUCAGAAAUUUGGGGACUUUUUUUGCUGAAUUUUUGGAUUUUUUUUCAAGAAAACAAUAGCUUUUGGUGCCCAUAAAUGAGGACAACAGGAGGGUUAAGCUGUAAUCUGUAAAGGUACCGGCGGCGUGAGUGGAAAUGCCCCAGCUCUGCAGCAGAUACACAGUGCGGUACACCGUGUACGCAAUCUUUAAUAUGAUGAUAUUUACUGCUGUCCAACCUGACAACAAAAAGUUUUUUUUUCCCUAGGAUUUAGAGCUAACUUGUAGAUGCGUUUAAACUGAAAAGAGAAAUCAGUGUAGCUUUGGCUGAAGCUCGUGUUCUUCUCAUUCCUCUCAUGCCGAGCUGAAGGCGGACCGUUGCUGACCCCGGAUCAGCGUCACAGUGAUAUACAGCCGGGGGGGUGGGAGGGGCGGGGUCUGGUGGGUUAACAGUUGUACUGAUUGUAAAUAGGUGUUUGUUAUUUUUCUCUCUCUCAAGAUUAUGUAAAGUGGUGAAAAGUGUAAAGAAAAAACAAAUAGAAUCCCGUUUGAGGCGAUAUGAAGCUCUUUCCAUUUGUAAGACUGAAGGUGGCAUUUUAUUCGAUCAUUCAGAACACGUGAACAAGAGCUUCAGCUUAGGAAGGUAUUCAGAACAGCAGCUCUCUGCUUCAAGUUCUGUUAUUUUUGGUACCAGCCAGAUUGAAAAAAAAACAAAACACUUGAAUCAGGAUUCUCUUGUUCCGCUGUGACUGAAUGUUUUCCAAUCAGCAACGCGGUGAAAUGUUAACCCAGUGUCAGUCGUGGUAGAGACGAUCUGCCCAGCAUUUGCACAUCAACACUGCUCGGUCGAAGUGCACGUGUCGCAUUAAGGAACCGAAAGGCUCCUUGUCUGAGUGUGCGAUUAACCCAAUCAGGUCACAGAUGAUUCCUGUUGCGGGCACACAGCAGAUGCAGAAAUCGCCCCUCCUCAUUUGUACAAAGUUCAUUCCUCUUAAGUGCCUUCAACCUUCAAAGUAGUUCAGUUUCCCUCCAGCGCAUUUGUACCUUUCUACGACACCGCCACAGGCUUUUUUCCGUUCGUUUAACAACAAGCACGGCGUUUGAGAGGAAUGAUGUCACUGCAAAAUUUCCGCUUCCCUUCUUUACAUAUCUGCAAAUUUGUAAAUAGCUUUUUUCGUAGGUUUGAAGGUGUAGACAUGUUGAAGUAGAAAUAAAAAAUAAUAAUAGUGCCUAAACAUAGUGGGAAUUAUUUUUGGUAAAUACACAUAGCACUAUUAGGCCAACAAAAAAAAGAAAUCAAAGAAAUAAAAUCGAUGGAUACCCAGAGCAGAGACUUCUUUUCCAAUCAAAAUAAUGUCUGGUUUUCAUUUAUAACAGCGGCCAUGUCAGGGAUUGUACUUAGAAAUCCUCCACAUGUCCAAACAUUGAGAGCUGACCCUGUUUUUUCUGCUGUAGCUGCAGCAUGUCGUAACAGUUCAGGUAUCAGGCGCAUUUCAACAGCAAACAGGUGUUGAUACAGAGCAGCUACAUUUCCCCAUCAAGCAGUCCUGAUCCAGAGCGUCUGUAAGGCUGGGAGGCAGCAGCGGUAGAGAUUAUACCGACUAUCUCGGUUAUCACAGGUGGUUUCCAGUGUGGGAAACAUCAUGUACAGGAUUUUACUGAACCAAUCGCACAUACAGGAGAAUGUCCAUUUGGGGCCUGCUGGGGUUGUUUUUGUUCAUUUUAGAACCACUCUAUUUGUGAUUAAUAAAAGCUCACUUCUAAUAUUACUGGA